AUGGCGGUCCUGAGACUGAAGUUAACCAAGAACAAGAGAGACAAGCUGGCUCAGGUGCUGUGGAUCCUGAACUGGAUCUCAGUGUUGACCGGGAUCCUCCUGUUCAGCCUGGGGCUCUUCCUUAAGGUGGAGAUCAACAAGCGAGGAGAGCUGAUGGCUGAGAGGGACAUCCAGUACGUGCCCAACAUGCUGAUUGCUGUCGGCCUCAUCGCCUGUGCCAUAAACUUUCUGGGAGGGAAGAUCUGCUACGACUGCGUGGACACCACCAAGUUCUUGCGCUGGAAGCUGAUCAUGCUGCCCUACAUAGUAUGCACCUUCUUCUUCACCUUCUGCGUCCUGGUAGGAGCUCUGAUGUGUUACAGCAUGCAUGGGGAGCUAGAGGAGUCUCUGAACCUGGGGCUGACGGAGGCCAUCAGGUUCUAUAAGGACACAGACACACCAGGGCGAUGCUUCCUGAAGCGAACGGUGGACAUGCUGCAGAUAGAGUUCCACUGCUGUGGGAACAACGGCUAUAAAGACUGGUUUCAAAUACAGUGGAUCAGCAACCGUUACCUGGAUAUGUCCAAAAAGGAGGUGGUGGACCGAUUAAGAAGUAACGUAGAAGGGAAGUACCUGAUGGACGGAGUCCCCUUCAGCUGCUGCAAUAUCAAUUCCCCUCGGCCCUGCAUCCAGCAGCAGAUCACCAACAACUCUGCUCACUUCAACUACGAGCACCAGACGGAGGAGCUGAACCUGUGGAAGAAAGGGUGUCGUCAGGCGCUGCUGGAGUACUACACCCAUAUAGUGCAGUCCAUUGGCCUCACGGUCCUCAUCACCUGGCUGUUUGAGCUGUCGGUGUUGACAGGUGUUCGUUACCUCCAGACUUCUCUGGAAAAUGGGCUGAGACAGGGCGACCUCAACUCUGAGUCUGACGGCUGGCUGCUAGAAAAUAGCUUUAUGGAAACAGCCCGCAUGAACCUGAACAUCAUAAAGUGCCUCGGCAAGGGCAACCAGAUAGACACGGCCGACAAUGGAGACCCCAACAUUAAUGUUCCCUCCACCUCUAAAGCCCACUAUGGGCCAGACAAUGUGCCCCCACAGGAAAUACCUGAGGCCAGUUGA